GUUGACGUCUACGUGGUGAGGUUUGGAACCACUAACCCGGUUGUACACUUAUCACCAUGGUUGAGACCCGUAGUGGGAAGGAGACGAGCCCCUACACCACUGAGCAACAAGAAAAGAUGACCGCCUUAGGCAGAGAGAGUAAGGAGAGGAAAGAGCGUGAAAAGCAAGCCAAGCUAAAGGCUAUCGCAGACGAGCAGGCGGCGAAGAUGAAGAGAUUGGAGGAGGAGAUGAAGAWAGUACAACAAGAGGAGGAAGAAAGAAGAAAAGCUGCUGAAGCAGAAGCGGCAGCAAAAGAAGAGAAAGAGAGGAUGAGGAUUGAGAGGUUGGAGAAGAAGAUCAGCGAGUGGGUCGCUAAUUUAUCGUUGGGAGAACACGAGGAGGGGGAGUCCUAUGUAACUAAGGAUGAGAAGGCUGCGCUGGUCGCCGAGCUAGCAGCCAUGACAGACCCGAUGGAACGAAGAGAGAGGGAGGAGGAACAAAAGUUAGCAUGGAAGUUGAGGAUGAAGAGAGAGAAGAAGAAGAGGAUAGAGGAAGUGAACAAGAUGACCGCAGARGUGGCAAAGGUGCAGGAGUGUAGAGCAGAGGUGCUGUCCCAACCAGACGAUAAGCCCAAAUGGGAAAAAGUACUGGGGUAUCUGGAGGUGUUGAGCAAGGCUUGGAUGGAGGAGCGCCAGACAAGCUGGAGCCAGGAUGUAGCAUGGAGUGCCAUGCGGUCAGGGUUUAGAGAUUUCGCGCGCGAGUUCGUCACCCAUAUUGGGGGCGAAGUGAAGCAAUUGAGAGAUAAUGUAGGGAAGUUUUGUGAGGGCGCCAUUCAGGGUGCCAAAGCAGUAGCCGCUGUAGAGGGAGAGGUCAGACCCCGUAAGGACCUUGUGAAACUUAAGUUCCCAGACGCGUACGGGGGGAAGAAGGACGAGAACUUUGACAACUGGGAGGCCAGUGUCAAUAGCUACAUGUAUUUACAUCAUAUCCUGAUGGAGGAGCAAGUCCUCGUGGCCUUCCAGGCCCUGAAGGACGAAGCGGCUAACUUCGCUAGGUCUCUCGCGCCCCCGUUGGGCUGCCCAGCAGUCAAAAGGCUGCCGCCAGUAGGGGUUGCAACUGCCCCUACUUCAAGGCCAUGUGGAGAAGCGAGCGCGCGCGAACAGGACAUUCCCAACCCACAUGAGCUUAUGGUAGAGGUUGCAGGCCCGUGCCUAGAUAGCUGUCCAGAGACUGCUUGUGUUAGCGUCUCUUUAGGCACGUCCCUCACAGGUGUGGCAGAAGAAUUAAAGCAGAGUAUGCCAGCGUGGGCGAAAAUGAAGAAGGAAAGUAAAGGACAAGUGAUUUUGGUAGAUGUAGAGCUGUUUAGGAGUAGGGUAGGGGCCCUUAUAGAUUCAGGAGCUACCCGUAGUUACAUUAUCCGUAGGGCGCCGAAGAAGCUGAGGCUAGGACUAAAGGUCCAAAAGCUAGUAGACCCCAUAGUCAGUGUCCUCGCAGCCAACCGCACGAUGCGCGUUGAGGACUACAUAGAGGGAGUCGAGGCGUACUUUCGCCUAGAAAAGGAUGGGAAGGUGGAGAAAGUUCUCCAUUCCCUGACUCUCCUCGUGCAAGAUGACCUUCCUUUCGAUGUAGUGUUAGGAAUGGAUUGGGGAGAGGCAGCAGGGGCUACACUCCAGUUGAGAGAGCAUGAGUGUAGGCGCCCUAGUCCGUCAGGUGAGGCUAAGACUGCCCGCUUGUUCUAUGUGUCUGGUGUAGACAAUACCUUGGCACAUUGCUGUCUCAGUGCUCCCGCGUUCACGCGAUUAGUAAAAAAGGAGCAGUUAGAGGAACAGGUCUUUGUAGUUAAUAUUAGACCUGUGACUGAGGCCGAGGAAAAGGAUAGUUCUACAGAUCGAACAAUUGCCAAGCUGCUGGAAGAAUUCAAAGACGUGACUGAGUCGCCAAGAGGAGUAGUGUUGCGACCCAUCCAGCACCGGAUAGAGAUAGAACCUGGCAGUAGAACUCCUAAGGGUGUAGUCUACAGUAUGUCCCCUAGAGAGUUAGAGGAGUUUCGCAAACAGUUAGACGAGCUCCUUGAGAAAGGUUGGAUCAGGCCCAGUUCAUCUCCUCUUGGAGCACCCGUUUUGUUUGUUCCCAAAAAGGAAGGAGAGCUGAGAAUGUGUAUAGACUAUAGGGGAUUAAAUGCGAUCACCGUAAAGAAUGCUGAGCCGCUGCCCAGGAUAGACGAUCUUUUAGAUCGGGUGCAGGGUUGCAAGUAUAUCUCUAAGAUAAACUUAAAAUUCGGGUAUCAUCAGAUAGAGGUCCAUCCUGAUGACCAGUACAAGACUGCGUUCCRGACGAGAUACGGGCAUUAUGAGUUCAUAGUGAUGCCCUUUGGACUAACYAACGCGCCAGCUACUUUUCAGCGAUGUAUGAAUGACCUGUUUAGACCAUGGUUAGAUAAAUUUGUAGUAAUCUACUUAGAUGAUAUCCAAGUCUUUAGUAAGAUCCUCCAGGAAUAUCAGGGUCAUCUGAGGCAAGUCUUGGAGAAGCUUAGAGAGGUUAACUUCAAGAUCAACGCGAAGAAGUGCGAGUGGGCCAAGACGCAAGUCUUAUACUUGGGCCACGUGUUGGACGAAGAUGGCUUUAAGCCAGAGGACAGGAAGAUCGCGGCGAUCAGAGAUUGGCCGACGCCCCGCACAUUGACAGAGUUGCGGUCGUUCCUAGGCUUAGCUAACUACUAUAGGAAGUUCGUAAGAAACUUCUCUACUAUCGCCGCUCCCUUGCGCAGGUUGCUAAAGAAAGAGGCAAUCUGGCAAUGGGACAAAGACUGUACGUCUGCAUUCAAGAAGCUAAAGCGCGCGUUAAUAGAAUAUCCUGUCCUCAAAGUUGCAGAUCCGUCUUUGCCAUUUGUCGUCACCACGGACGCGAGUCAGUAUGGGAUAGACGCCGUGUUGCAGCACGACGACGGCAAUGGUUAUAGGCCCGUAGAGUUCAUGUCAGCGACGAUGCCCUGUGAGAAGGUUGCUACCUACGCGUACAAGAGAGAACUCUACGCUCUCAGGCAGGCUUUAGACCAUUGGAAUCAUUACCUGCUUGGGAGGCACUUCAAAGUCCAUUCGGACCAUGAAACGCUUAGAUGGCUAAAGACCCAGGCCAAGAUGACACCUAAGUUGUCUAGGUGGGCCGCAGAGAUAGACCAAUUCGACUUUGAGCUCAAGCCAGUAUAGGGCAAGUACAAUGUAGUGGCGGAUGCUCUAAGUAGGAGAUCAG